AUGGUGGUCAAGGAAUUCAUCGACUCGGAUCGAGUCAACUUCCUCAUCUGGAGGUAUUUGCUGGAAGGGAACUACCGAGAGACGGCCGCCAAGUUCCAGAAGGAGUGGCACGUCCAUGAGCCUCACCGCGAGUUCGAUUUUGCCCGCCACGUCAAGGGCCAGGCCCUUGUCUCCGUCGUCAACCGAGGACUCCUCUACCAGGCCCUCGAGCGCGACUUGAAACUGAACCAGUUGCCCCGUCAUGCCGUCGCCGAGGCUCAAGUGCUGCAGACAGGCGUCUUCGGGCCCCUGAAUGUGAGGCGACAGCAGCAAGAGCAGCAAGAGCAAGAGCAGCAGAAACGGCAACAGCAGGAGCAGCAUCGGCAAAAACUAGAGCAGGAGGCGGUGCCGCCAAAGCAAGAGCCGGAGGAGACACCAAAGCAGGACCAGCAGGACCAGCAGGACCAGCAGGACCAGCAGGACCAGCAGGACCAGCAGCAACAACCGCAACAGCAGCCGCAGCCGCAGCCGCAGCCGCAGCAACAGGAACAACAGCAGCGACAACGAGACGACAAAGAAGAGCACCAGCAACAGCAUCAACAGCAGCAUCAGCAGCAGCAGCCUCAGCAGCAGCAACAACAACUACAACAGCCGCAGCAACAGCCGCAGCAGCAGCAGCAGCCGCAGCGCCAACAACAACCUCAGCAUCAACCGACACUACCAGAGCAGCCGCUGCAACAACAACAACCACCACCCCCGCCACCUGAGCAGCAGCAGCAACCGCCGUCCGAGCAGAAGCUGCUGCAGCCGCAGCAGGAAAAGCAGCAGCCACAACCAUCUCCAGAGCAGCAGCAGGGGCAGCAGGGAUCCGAGCCGCAACAAACAACGCCGACCAAGAAGGAAGACGUUUAUGUGGAGGAAGAGGCCGAAACCGACGACACCGAUGCGCCAAAGAAACGCAGUCACGACCAUGUGCCGAAUGGGUCGCCGGCAAAGCGCCCGUGCCUCAUCAGCAAUGGUUACGACCACGGCGUUGAUCCGAUGGCGGCCGGACCCGUGUCCGCCACGACGACGACGACCAUGUCGCCGAAUGCCGUCACGUCGCCCAUGGCCAUCGACCAAAUGUCCUCGCACGACUACGACAGCAACUACCAGCAGCAGGACAGCCCGAGCAACCACGCGUACCCGUCGCCGCUCGAGGGCGAACAGCUGCCGCCACCCAUGCCGCAGACGGACGGCCCCGAGCAGGGUACGCAGGUGGAAAAGGUGGAGGAGCUGUCGCCCGUCACGACCUUCAUUCGCCUCAUGGACGACGACGGCAGGGCCGCGCCCGAGCUGACGGCAUCCGCCCUCGAGGCGGGCAUCGAGAAUGCGCCUGUGCUGCUGCAAUGCGAGUGGAACCCGAGGGACCCACAUGUUUUGGCGGCUGUUGGUACCGAUGCGCUUGCCCGCGUCUGGACUGUUUCGCGGACCACGGCGCAUGAGCCGGGCCGCGAUCACGUGUCACACGCUUCCCAUUCUCUGCUGCACCCCGACACGCCCAAGUCGACGACGGUGACGGCCCUGUCGUGGACGUCGGACGGUGCGGCCAUCGCCGUCGCCACCGACUCGACCCCCCAUGCGUUGGUGAGCCUGUGGACGGCCGAGGGCAUCCACAUGCAAACCUUGGUGGCGUCGGAGCCGCCCGUCGUCAAGCUCUGCUGGAACCCGAGCAGCACGGCCCUUCUGGCCAUAUCCCCCGACAAAGGUGGUGCCCUCAUUACGGUCUACGCUUCGUCGUCCGGCGCCGCCAUGGAAUACCAUCUGCCCGGCCACGACAUCGCCACGACGCCGCUGGAUGCCACGUGGACCAACGACGCCGAAUUCCUUGUCUGCGGGGGCGAUCUCUUCCUGUGCCUCCGCUGCACCGAGUCGGCCAUUGUCCAGACGCGAAAGUUCGACACCAAGGACGAUGACAGCUUCACCUCGGUCCUCUUCGACUGGCGGUCCAAGCUGGCCGCGACGUCGAGCGACAAGGGCUACCUCGAUCUUUGGGACGAGUUUGGCCAGCGACGGUCGAUACUCGCCCACCAAGGGGCCAUCACGACCAUGGCCUGGCAGCCUCUGCCGCUCUCGCCCUCGACGGCCGGCAACGCCGACGACGAACGGCUCAUCGCGACGGGCGGUGACGACUGCGCCAUAUUGAUCUGGAACGCUCGCAAACCCGACACCAAGGCGAAGUGCUUCCUGACCAUGGACCUGCCCAUCGUACGGCUUGCCUUCACCCCGGACGGUGCCUUCAUCGCCGGCGCCACGUCUCGCCAAGUGCUCAUCUGGAAGGUGGACAAUCACGCGAUGCCCAGGGCGAGCUGGAAUCGCCCGCCCCAUGCCGGCUGGCUCUCCCCCAAGGGCUCAUCGGAAGGGGACGAGGAGGACGAGCACUGCCUAUGCUGGGAUGUCAGCGGACAGAGGUUGGCGUACGGGUCCAAUAGCAGACUCGCCGUGAUCAACUUUAGUCGGUAG